GCAAAGUACAACCAAAGGGGGGGGUGUUUGAAAGAGAGAGAAAGAGAUGGCGCCAUGGAUUCGGGUCUUCAUGCUAGUGGCUUGUUUGUUGCCGGCAAUGGUGGAGUGCAGUAUUCGUCAUUACAAGUUUAAUGUGGUCUUGAGGAACACCACAAGGCUAUGUUCGAGUAAACCCAUAGUUACUGUUAACGGCCGUUUCCCUGGACCGACUAUAUAUGCAAGAGAAGACGAUAACGUGCUCGUGAAGGUCGUCAACCAUGUCAAAUAUAAUGUCAGCAUCCACUGGCAUGGGAUUAGACAACUUCGGACAGGGUGGGCGGAUGGACCGGCAUACAUAACACAGUGCCCAAUUCAACCAGGGCAAAGCUAUGUGUACAACUUCACCAUCACUGGCCAAAGGGGCACUCUUCUCUGGCAUGCACAUAUCCUCUGGCUAAGGGCCACUGUCCAUGGUGCUAUUGUUAUUUUGCCCAAGCUUGGAGUGCCUUACCCAUUCCCCAAACCCCACAAGGAAGAGGUUGUCAUACUAGGUGAAUGGUGGAAAUCAGAUGUUGAAACUGUGAUCAAUCAAGCAGUGAAAUCAGGCUUGGCACCAAAUAUUUCUGAUGCUCACACCAUCAAUGGCCAUCCAGGGCCUGUCUCAAGCUGCUUAUCACAGGGGGGCUUCAAUCUACCAGUAGAACCUGGAAAGACAUACAUGCUACGAAUCAUCAACGCUGCACUGAAUGAAGAGCUUUUCUUUAAGAUUGCCGGUCAUAAGCUCACCGUCGUCGAGGUAGACGCCACUUAUGUCAAACCCUUUAAAACCGACACCAUUCUUGUUGCACCAGGCCAAACUACAAAUGUCCUUAUAACAGCUGAUCUUGGCACUGGCAAAUACUUGGUUGCAGCCUCACCCUUCAUGGACGCACCGAUUGCAGUCGAUAACAUGACUGCCACCGCCACAUUACAUUAUUCUGGCACCGUCUCCACCACUUCCACCACGCUGACCACCCCGCCCCCCAAAAACGCAACCCCGGUGGCAACAAAAUUUAUGGACUCCCUCAGAAGCCUAAAUUCAAAAAAAUAUCCUGCCAAAGUUCCAUUAACUAUUGGCCAUUCCCUUCUUUUCACCAUUAGUCUCGGGGUCAAUCCUUGUCGUACUUGUGUCAAUGGUAGUCGGGUGGUGGCUGGUUUGAACAAUGUCACUUUUGUAAUGCCAACCACGGCUCUUCUUCAAGCACAUUUCUCCAAAAUCAGCGGCGUGUUCACAGAUGAUUUUCCAGGCAAUCCAUUGAUGCCUUAUAACUAUACAGGCACACAGCCAACAAACUUCCAGACAAUGAAAGGGACAAGGCUUUAUAGACUUGCUUACAACUCUACUGUGCAAUUAAUCCUACAAGACACUGGGAUGAUAACUCCUGAGAACCAUCCAAUCCAUUUGCAUGGCUUCAAUUUCUUUGCUGUUGGAAGAGGACUGGGCAAUUUUAAUCCUAAGAAGGACCCGAAGAAUUUCAAUCUUGUUGACCCUGUUGAGAGGAACACAAUUGGAGUCCCAUCUGCUGGGUGGGUUGCUAUUAGAUUCAGGGCAGACAAUCCAGGGGUGUGGUUCAUGCAUUGCCAUUUAGAAGUGCACACAACAUGGGGACUUAAGAUGGCAUUUGUUGUGGACAAUGGAAAAGGACCCAACGAAUCUCUUCUACCGCCCCCGAGUGACCUUCCCAAGUGUUAGUAUUUCUUCCUAAGUCUUCUUACGUAAAUACGAAAAGGUUUUGCAUCCACCGGAGAGAUGGGGAAAUGAAGUAACGGAAGAAGAGAUCAAACGCUGAUAACUAGACUUAUUUUGAGCUAGCAAAAUGAGCUGCUCAAAUCUUAUAAUAAAGAGAGCUUGAUUCUUUUGUAUUUUGGGGUGGG